UUUUGCCUAUAAAGACGACACCUUCCUCAAACGUAAUCUCCAUCAUAUAUCAUUUCUGCGCCCAUUCCUUUGUUGUUGACUUUGUUUCUUCAUUUCUCAUCUAUCUAUCCAUAACCAUGUCUCAGACUGUUGUCCUCAAAGUUGGUAUGUCUUGUGAAGGAUGUGUUGGAGCAGUGAAGAGAGUUCUGGGAAAAUUGGAUGGUGUGGAAUCAUAUGACAUUGAUUUGAAGGAACAGAAGGUGGUAGUGAAAGGAAAUGUCCAGCCAGACACAGUUCUGCAGACUGUUUCCAAAACUGGGAAGAAGACUACUUUCUGGGAAGCUGAAGGGUCCAGCUGAGACUAAAGCACAUUCACUGUUGCCUAAAACAUUUGGCUCUAUUUCUAUGUGGGAGAAGUAGCUCUGUGAUUCAAAUACUAUUUGAUAAAUUUGCAAUAACUAUAGAACGUCAUAUGAUGUAUUUAGUAUUGUAUAAUUGGCAACUAAGCUACACUGAAGUCUGCCGUGUAUUACUUACUAUCUUUAACAGUUGUGAUUCUGUAUUAAUGUGCUUUUAUUAAUAAAUUUGUCCUUGUUCCCACUCA